ACCGUGGAAGUAGAGACAAAACCCGAUAAAUACAUAUUAAAAACGCUGACACAUCUAUUUUAAAGCUAUACGUAUUCAUAGCGCAUAACAGUAAUAACUGGAUUUUGUAUGGUAUUUUGUUUACUUACCUAUACAUGUCUUAGCUUUAGUGACCAUCAAUUGCCUACAAGUGCUGGUAAAAAUUAAACUUAUGCGGCUACGAUAGAAGAAUAUAUCAACUAUGGAUUUAUCUGCCCAAGAGGUUAUCGACGGGAUCCUUUCCAAGCAGGCUACCGAGACUCCAUCCGACUCGGUCAAACUAGAGGAACUAUUAGACCUCGAGCUGCCAAAAUGGUUCGACGAGAAGAAAUACAACCAAGGCCGCCGAUUCUACUGGGACAACUGUUUCUCGCUGACCACCUCGAUGCUGAUGGGGCUGCUGGCCGUGCUGGCGGUGCCCUCGAUCCUUAACAUCCUCAUCAGCUCGCGCCGCUCCUCCUCGCAGUACACCAGCUACAAGCGAUACCUCUCCACUAUUCUACACACCAAUUCCUGGUUUGAGAGUGAACUCAAACCAGGUACGACGUCUUGGAAGUCGUUAUACACGGUCCGUAGCCGCCAUCUGAAGGCCGGGCUCGCCGCCAAGUUGCAGGGCCUGGGCAUGGUUUCGCAGCGGGAUCUAGCGCUCACACAGUUCGGCUUCAUUGGAUUUUCCAUUCUCAAGCCGGACAAAUUAGGGGUGCGGCAGAUUCAGGAGUUCGACUGGGACGUCUAUUGUCACACGUGGGCUGUCAUUGGACAUAUGAUCGGGCUGCAAGAUAGGUACAACCUUUGCCGCAGAAACGUAGAAGAGACCCGGCAAGUCUGUCAGGCGAUCCUCGACAGGGUUUACACGCCUUGCCUGGAGAACGUGCCCGAGUACUUCGAACACAUGGCUCGAGUUCUGCUAGAGUCCAUGUGGUGCAUCAACCCUACCAUCAACGUCGAGUCGGCUCUAUACGCAGUGAAGCAACUGGCGGAUGUGCCGGGGUACAUCUAUACUGAAGCCGACAGAAUAGAGCUGCAGAGGAGAAUUAGAGAGAAACUUAAGGGAAAACCGAUAGACUCGGGCGUGGACUCUCGUGAGCUCAUCUCUGCGCCGGCCGUGGCGGGGCUGCCGGCGCGCGCGCCGCGCCUGCUGCACCUGCGCGACUACGAGACCAUCGACCAGGCCCCCGAGUACAGCUCUCUCCCUUUCUGGUCCAAAUACAAUUUGAACUUGACCUAUCUCGUCAUGUUCUUCCACACCACAUUUUUAGGACGCAUCUACUUCAAGCUAAACUAUUUAUAUAGCCUCUGGUUGAUGAAAUACUGCCCGUAUUUGGCGUUCUUCAAGUUCGGAAUAAGGAAUUCUUUCGUUAAUAUCUUCAAGGAAGAUCCCACGGAUGAUACGAAACCGAAACCUAAUUCGGAGUACAACAAACCGAAACCUCCGGAAACGUGGUUUAGAAUAAUUUUAGGCGCGUUUUGGUGAAUAUGUAGUUUUAAAACUUGAUGAUAAUUAAUUACCAUAAAUGAAUCAGUCUUGGCUUACGCUUAAAUGAAUAAUCUUUACCUCAAUCGCAGUUUAACUGGUGCAGGGUGACUUGACGAAGCAUGUUAUUGCCAAUAUAAAAUAAUUAAAUAGUGACAAUUACUUUAACCAACUUAAAAGUAAUAAUUUUAUUUUGUUUAUAUUUAUUUCGUUUCGUUUUAAAACAGAACUUAAUUCUUGACGGAUUUUAAUGUUUACAUGUAUCAUGUAUAAUUAUUAAUCUUAGAACCCCGAAUGAUGUGCUAAAGUCGGUUAU